AUGCCUGAUCUCGGCCUCAGCGACCUCAACAGCAUUCUGACCAUCUUGGGUCUUUUCAUUGUUCUUUACGGAGUGAUUUCCGUCAAGUUCAAGAACCAGUGGUACCUGGGUGAAGCCCGUACGUACUCGCUUCUCCCUGAAGUAGGCCGUCGCUCAGUGCUAACGCAAACAGUGCCGGCCGUCAUCAUUGGUAUUUGCCUGGGCCCGAUAGCAGCAAAGUUCAUAGUAUCAGAACGAUGGGGGAAUCCCGAACCAGGACAGACGUCCGAAAUCACUCUGGGCGUCAUGCGAGUGAUGAUCGGCAUUCAGCUGGUCAUUGCAGGCUAUCAACUGCCCGCUAAAUACACCAUGGCCCGCUGGAAGGACAUGACCCUAAUCCUGAUUCCCGUCAUGACAAUGAUGUGGCUCUGCACCACCGUCUGCGUCCUGGCGACCAUUCCCAAGCUGAGCCUGCUCGCCUGUAUGGUCAUCGCAGCCUGUGUCACAUCGACCGAUCCCGUUCUCUCGCAAGCUGUCGCAAAGGGUCCGUUUGCCGACAAGUUUGUCGCCCGACCCGUUCGUGAGGUCAUCUCCGCCGAGGCCGGUGCCAAUGACGGAUUCGGCUUUCCCUUCUUGAUGCUCGCCACCUACCUCAUCCGCCAUGCCGAGGGCGUCAGCGUCCAAUCGAUGACAGGUGAGAGCGAUGGCGGUCUUCACAGGCGUGCUGGCGAUGUCGAGCGCCAGGGCGGCGGCGUUAGUGUGGCCAUGGGCAACUGGUUCCUCGAAACUCUGCUCUACUACGUGAUCAUGGGCGCCGUUUACGGUGCUGUAGCCGGAACUCUGACUCGCUUCGCGGUCAAGUUCUCCCUCAAGAGGAAGUGGAUCGACAGCGAGAGCUACCUGCUCAUCCCCCUCGCCCUCGGAUUCCUGAUGAUCGGCAGCGCUGGCCUCGUCGGCACCAACGACCUGAUCGCCUGCUUCGCCGCCGGUAGCGCGCUUAACUGGGAUGGCGAGUACCUUGCCGAGACCCUCAAGCGUCACGACGAAGUCAACUCGAGCAUCGACGUCAUUCUCAACUUUGGCGGCUUCAUGUACCUCGGCAGCAUCUUCCCCUGGGCCGACUUCCAGAACGCGGAUACUGGCAUCACCUACGGCCGCCUUUUUGGACUGGGGUUCCUCGUCCUCCUGUUCCGCCGCAUUCCCGCCAUUAUGAUCACCUAUAAGCUGAUGCCGCACUCGAUUCGAAACUGGAAGGAGGCCCUCUUUGUGGGGUACUUUGGCCCGAUUGGAGUCGGUGCCGCCUUCUACGUCGAGCACACGAAGCACCUGUUUCCCCAUCUUGACGAGACGAACGACACGGAAGUGAACGACUUGCUCCGUGCCCUGUCUCCUGUCGUCUACUGGCUCGCACUCUUCUCCAUUGUUGUUCACGGCCUGUCGAUUCCCAUCCUGAACGCGCUUUACGGCUACUUUGGCGUCCAGCCGAUCCAGGAUGACGCUGUCGAGAUGCGCCGCAAGUCGGUCCACGUCGCGGCGCCACCCAACGCCAUCGAGGGCGACAAGGAGACCUUUAUCGCCUACAACCGUUUCUCCCGUCCCGUGUUCGACAACAACCAGCUUCCCGACUGGCGCGACGAGAACCCCGAGCCCAGCAUGGACGUGGAUCUCGAGCGUCAAAAGUCGGAAGCGGCGCUCAGCGCGCCGCGCACACCGCGCACGCCGCGCAACCGCAGCAGGAGCAGGAGCACGAUUCGCUUCAUGGAUCGACGGGGGGCCAACGCAGGCAUGGGCAUGUAA